AUGGAUAUUGACUCCGACAUCCAACUUGAUAUUAAAACGCAGGAUAACGCUGCGGUCCUGGAUCGCAACGGUGCCGCACUGUCCGACCUCGACCGCAGCUUCCCCGCUGAGUUCCAGUUCAUGAGCCAUGACUCCAAGGCCUUGGCCGCCUCCCACACCACGCCAGCUGCCGUGCUUUAUAACGCACCCACUCACCCUGUCCCCACCGCUCAUCCGAGCGCUACCUCCUCCGACACUGAUUCCACAAACAGCAGCAGCGACUCGUCGUUCUUUGCCAGCCUGGACUACCACCUGCUGGGCGAGGACGAGCUGACCCGACGUCUCAACACGAACGCCACCCAUGGUCUGGCCACCCCAGAGUGCGCCAUCCGUUUCAAGGCCAAUGGCGCCAACGUGUUUGAUCACCAUCGUCCCAACUAUGUGAAGAAGCUGCUGUUUUAUGUGUUUGGAGGCUUUUGUAGUGUCCUGUGGGUAGGCGUUAUCGUCUUCUUUUUGUGCUGGCAACCAUUGAGCAACCCCCCUAACGUGACCAACCUGGCACUUGCCAUCCUAGUCGUAUGUUGUUAG